ACACAAGCCUCUACUCUUCUAUAUCUUCUUUUCUUCACAUCGCCAAAGAAAUUAGUAGUUGGUCAUCGUCGAGUUUUGAACUCUAGCUAGAUUUAUAUUUUUGAGGUGAAUACCAAUUCUACUAAGUUCUUUCUGGUUUUUGUUCUUCUUCAUCUUCUCUCUUUUUGUUCCCAUGGCAUCCCCUGAUGAAGCAUCAGCCUUGGAACUCAUCCGGAAACACCUCCUCACCGACUUCCUCUCCCUAGACAGCUUAUUAUCCAAUCUCGACAACUGCACUUCCACCAUCUCAUCUAAAACCCAACUCCCAAAUUCAGAAAUUCAAAGCUCUGCUCCACCCGAAUUCGAAACCAAACCCCAGGUGAAAUCCUCCACUUUGAGUCAGCGCCGCCCUUCCAUUAACGUUACUAUCCCUCCAGCAGCCGUUAAGUUGAACUCAUGCCCUGCGCCUGCAGAGUCGGAAUCUAAGGAGAAGACGCACUACCGGGGCGUCAGAAGGCGGCCGUGGGGAAAGUAUGCGUCGGAGAUACGAGACCCCAACAGGAAAGGGACAAGGGUAUGGCUUGGAACUUUCGACACCGCCAUAGAAGCGGCGAAGGCUUACGAUAGAGCUGCGUUUAAGUUGCGAGGAAGCAAAGCGAUUUUGAAUUUUCCUCUUGAAGUUGGCCUUAAUUCGGAUUCUACCGGAUUUGAAUUGAGGGAGGAGGAAACGAAUUCGAGGAAGAGGGGGAGAGAAGACGAGGAGAGCGUCCAGUGUAAGGCGGUGAAGAUAGAGGAGUCAGCCGAACCCGACGAAAGAAAGGCGGAGACGGCGGGGGUUUGCUUAACGCCGUCGAAUUGGACGGGUUUCUGGGACUGCGAAGAGGGGAAGGGGAUUUUUAGCGUGCCACCGCUAUCGCCGUUAUCUCCGUAUCCACCGUUUGGGUACCCCCGGCUUGCAGUUAUGUGAGACAGUGAGAGGGAAUAAACGGCGUUUGAUGACCGUUAACUAAAUUAGGAGAAAAUGAAUUGGGGCCCAAAAUAGAAAGUGUAAAAGAUGAAGACAUUGAGGGGACUAAGGUUUAUCAAAUUAGUACAUGUAUAUAAAGGAGAUUGCUCAUUGCUUUAUGGGAUUUGAUUGUAUUUGAUUGAUUUCUUUAGUAAAAUGCCUUUUGCUAUCUUUGUUUUUCCUUUUUCUUUUUUCUUUUUCCUAAUUUAAUUUGUUAAAUCACAAACUAGAAGAAAAUCAAUGGUAAGUUGUAUU